AUGGUAUCUGAUGGGGAUAGGGAACCGGAUGUAGUUGGCGGGGGCAUGUCUAUGACAGGGAACCAGACGCAUGGGUGUUACUUCAAUGGACAUUCGCUAGAUGAGUUGAAAGAGUCGAGGGUUCUUGGAAUCGACGCCUGGUCCAACGCAGGUGGCAUCGUCGGCCGCGGCCUCCUAAUCGACUACGCAACCUGGGCAGAUGUAAACUCUAUCCCCCUUACUCCCUUCACAAGCGCCACAAUCCCGCUCUCCUCCCUCCAAACCAUCCUCAGCGAAACCAACACGACCCCACGCCCAGGCGACAUCCUCUUCGUGCGCACGGGCUUCACCCGCGCCUACAACGCCCUCUCCGCAGACGAAGAAGCGGCCCUGGCAUCUCGGCCGACCCCGGACUUCGCGGGCGUCGAGAACGGUGAGCGCACGCUGCGCUGGCUGUGGGAGAACCAGUUCGCGGCAAUUGCGAGCGAUUCGCCGAGUUUUGAACCGGCGCCGCUGGUUCGGGAGGGCGUUCCGCCAGAGCAGACGCUGCAUCAGUGGUGUUUGAGUGGGUGGGGGUUACCGAUAGGAGAAUAUUUUCAUUUGGAGGAAUUGGCGGACAAGUGUAGGGAAAGGAAGAGGUGGACAUUUUUCUUGAGUAGUGUGCCGUUGAAGGUUCCUGGAGGCGUAGCGAGCCCGCCGAACGCGGUCGCUAUACUUUAG